AUGCAUGAUUGCACACUGCACCGUGCCCACCAGCAUCCAGCCAUGUCGCCGUUUGCGCCUCCAUACAACACCAACGUCCUCCUGGCUGCUGUGACCGCGCUCUCGGCGGCAAUCGCGUUCGUCGCUGCGCUCCACCUCUACGCCCGGUGCUUCCUGCAGCGUCGUGCCACCACCACCGCCGCCGCAUUGAGCAACCCUCACGCGCUGGCGCUGGCGCUGCAGCGGCCGCCGGACGGCUACGAGCUCGAGGUGAUCACAGUGGAUGCCGUGUGCGCGCCGGAGCCCGCUGGGCUGGGCGCCAAGGAGCUCGGCGCGCUGCCGGUGCUCGUGUGGGAGUCUUCGUCUGCCAAGGUGUCGGCCGCCGCCGUCACUGAGCAUUGCGCCGUAUGCCUUGGGGAGAUGGAGGACGGCGAGCUGGGGAGGCUGCUCCCGGCGUGCAGCCAUGCGUUCCACGUCGGGUGCAUCGACGCGUGGCUCCGGCUGAGCUCCACGUGCCCGGUCUGCAGGUCGGCGGUGAGGACGCAGGAGGAUGGGGCGGCGCCGGUGGCCUGA